AAAUGUCUCCUUUGUUCAGUUGCGAGAUCUCUCCAAAGUUGCGAGAUCUCUCCAAAGGGUUCAAUUUUGUGCAAAUCUGUUCACCGUGUGACCCCAAUUGGGUUAGAGCAGCAAUCCGUUUUGGCUUGCAGAAGCUUGAACACGAAAUUUCUUGGCCAAAGAUUCAUUACAAAAGCUUGUAAGAUCAGAGUUCAAUGGGCCUUUUUAAGUGGAUCAAUGGCUGUGCCUUCAAAAGCCAAUCAAAGAAAUGUCAACAAUUCGAAAAAACUUAUUGUUUCAGCUUCUUGGCUUACAAGUUCAGCAAUAGCCAGUAGUGCAUUCACUUGGACUACCAUUUCUGUGCUUCCUUUUUAUACGCUUAUGGUUUUUGCACCUAAUGCUGCUCUGACUAGAAGGGCUAUGAAGAGCAAUUUUCCUUAUGUUGUGCUUGGGCUUGUGUAUGCAUUCCUUCUCUAUCUCUCAUGGUCUCCUGACACAUUGCGGUUGAUGUUUGCUAGUAAAUACUGGCUCCCGGAGUUACCUGGCAUAUCAAAGAUGUUUAUGAAUGAAAUGACUUUGGUUUCUGCAUGGAUUCACUUGCUAGCAGUAGACCUUUAUGCUGCAAGACAGGUUUAUUUUGAUGGUAUCACGAACAACAUAGAAACUCGGCAUUCUGUCUGUUUGUGCCUACUUUUCUGUCCAAUUGGAGUAUUAAUCCAUUCCAUCACUAAGGUUUUGACCAAGCCCUCACAUUAACUAAUUAAUGCACAGGAUACCAGUUUUUUUUUUCAAGAUUAAUUUUCAAUGUAAUUUUGGAUGGACUUUAUCCCUUCUUCAUUUGAGCUGGCGGGGACGUGUGAUCAUUUGCAGACUUGCAGCCUUUGGGCAUUGAUGGAUGUUUCGUAAGUUGAAUUCAACUCUCUUUUAUGACAAAUGAGCUUGAAAUAAUUAAUGU